UUUUGCCCCAGAUCAUUCCACAUACACAAGUAUGGCCACUAAAUAUAUCCCACCAACAACGGUUCCGCACCACAUUUACAUCGAAUCUACCCGACCACUGCCCUCAAAUGACUUAUUCCCAACCCUAACAUCGUUCCUGAACAACGCACCCCAAACCACGCCGGACGUUGCGUACCAGUUGACCGAGCUUCACAAAUCUCUUGAAUGGCAAAUUGAGAACAACGUUGAUGGUAGAGACUGUGUGAAGGGUGUUGCAAGCAUGUGGGAAGAGAGUGGGCCGGAAGUGGUCGACGAAGGGGAGAAAAAGAAGAAAAAGAAGAAGAAGGGUGGGUCCAAAUGGGCGGCAUAAGCGUAGGUGUAGAAGAAGGUCGAUGUGGCAGUCGAAUACAAAGACUGACACAAUGCAAAUAUCAACUUGCGAGACUGGAAGCGCUUGUCUUUCCUUCACAAUGUAGAAACCUAGUAAUUUAAGUUAGCCAUUUUGUACAAAAUAUACUAUUUUUUGUUGCGUUAACGUGAUCAGAA